CGCGGGGAGGGCUCAGCCCCACGGAGCCGCGGGCAGCGCCGCGCCGAGCCCACCCGUGCCCGAGCCCGAACCCCCCCGUGCCAUGCCCCGGGGCGGCGGCAGCUGCUGCUCCUGGCGGCGCGGCGGGGGCGAAGGGGGCGAGCAGCCCCCUCGGCACCGGCCAUGACCCCGCGGGUGGGCAGCGCCUGAGCGGCCGCCCCGCCAUGCGGCCCCCCACGGCUCGGGACCUGCCCCCAGGCGGGCACCCGGCGGCCCUGCUGCUGCUGGCGGCGCUGGUGUGGGUGCCCGGCGGGGCUCCUGCCUGCCCCGCGCUCUGCACCUGCUACGUCUCACCGCCCACCGUCAGCUGCCAGGCCAACAACUUCUCCUCGGUGCCCGCGGGGCUCCCACCCGGUGCCCGCCGCCUCUUCCUGCAGAACAACGUCAUCGGGGCGCUGCGGGCGGGCACCUUCGGGCCCAGCACCGUCACCCUCUGGCUCUACUCCAACAACAUCUCCUCCAUCCAGCCGGGCACCUUCCGCCACCUGCCCGCCCUGGAGGAGCUCGACCUGGGUGACAACCCCCACCUCCGUGUCCUGGCCCCCGACACCUUCCACGGCCUCCACCGCCUCCAGGCCCUGCACCUGUACCGGUGUCGGCUGGCCAGCCUGCCCAGUGGCAUCUUCCGUGGCCUCCGCAGCCUCCAGUACCUCUACCUGCAGGAGAACGGGCUGCUCUACCUCCAGGACGACCUCUUUGCCGACCUGGCCAACCUGAGCCACCUCUUCCUGCACGGGAACCGGCUGCGGGCGCUGUCGGAGGGCGUCUUCCGGGGGCUGCCGAGCCUGGACCGCCUGCUGCUGCAUGCCAACCGGCUGGCAGUCAUCCACCGCCACGCCUUCGGCGGGCUGGCACGCCUCACCAUCCUCUACCUGUUCAACAACAGCCUGGUGGCCCUGCCGGGGGACCCUCUGGCCGCCCUGCCUGCGCUCCAGUUCCUGCGCCUCAACGCCAACCCCUGGGCCUGCGACUGCCGUGCGCGCCCACUCUGGGCCUGGUUCCGCCGCACGCGCGUCUCCAGCUCUGCCGUGCCCUGCGCCAGCCCCCCACACCGCCGCGGCACUGACCUGCGCCACCUGCGCCCCCACGACUUCGACGCCUGCCCCGACGACGACGAGGAGGAGGAAGAGGAGGAAGGUGGCAACGGUGGCGCCAACGGGGUGGCGGUGAUGGGCACCCCCGGGCGGGCGCUGGGCCGCCCCGGCACCCUCCCGGCCGCGCCGCCCUCCGCCUUCUACCGUGACGGGCUGCCCCCCCACGACCUGCGGGGACCCCAACCCCGGCCGCCCCCCCCGUCCCGUGACUCCCGCAGGCCCCCCGAGGACGCCAGCUGCCCCCAUGACCCCUGUGCCCCCAUGGCCGCAGCCGCUUCCCACCAGCCCCCCAUCCUCCUGCCCCUCCUGGCUGUACUCCUGCCCCGACAUUGAGCCCCCCUUGGCGCCCCAGGGGGGUCCCAGUUCCUCGGGGUGCCUGUGCCUCCCUUCUCCCCAGGGGAGGCCUAAAGAACUGUGGGGGGCAGCCGGUGCGAGGUGGGGGGGGGCCGCAGGAUACAGAAGGAGGUCCCCCCCCAUCCUGAGCGGGAAAAACCCCCAACAGGAACCAAAAGGUGGAAAAUUAUUUAUUAAAAAUGGUCUUAUUUUGGGA